CGUCCCUUAAUGACACACUGUCAUCGCCAAACACUCGCGAACCGGCCGAGCCCGUCCCCUCCUCCCUCCCUCUCUCCCACCCUCCUUCAAGAUCACUGUCGCUCUGCAGCAGAGGCUCAGUCCGUUUAAGAAGAUAGGUAGAGAGAUGAGGAGGCAGCAGGUCGCAGCAGCAGCAGGGGCGGCGCGGUGGCGAGGCGAUGGUGGUGGUGGCGCCGCGACGGCGUGGUGGUGGGUGGCCGCGGUGGUCCUGGGCCAUUUAGUGAGCUCCGCCAGGGCGGGGCUGCUGGAGUCGAACCCCGGGCUGGCCUACAACUUCUACCAGAAGAGCUGCCCCAAGGUGGACUCCAUCGUCCGCAGCGUCACCUGGGCGCAGGUCGCCGCCAACCCGGCCCUCCCCGCCCGCCUCCUCCGCCUCCACUUCCACGACUGCUUCGUCAAGGGGUGCGACGCGUCGAUCCUGCUGGACAACGCGCAGAGCGAGAAGAAGGCGGGGCCGAACCUGUCCGUGGGCGGCUACGAGGUGAUCGACGCCAUCAAGACCCAGCUGGAGCAGGCGUGCCCGGGCGUCGUCUCCUGCGCCGACAUCGUCGCGCUCGCGGCCCGCGACGCCGUCUCCUACCAGUUCCAGUCUUCCCUCUGGCAGGUCGAGACGGGCCGCCGCGACGGCAACGUGUCGCUGGCGUCCAACACGGGCGCACUCCCGUCCCCGUUCGCCGGCUUCAACGGCCUCCUCCAGAGCUUCGCCGCACGCGGGCUCAACCUCACCGACCUCAUCGCGCUCUCCGGCGCCCACACCAUCGGCGUCGCCAGCUGCUCCAGCGUCACGCCCCGGCUGUACAACGGGAACGCCACCAACGUCGACCCGCUCCUCGACUCGGCCUACGCCAAGACGCUCAUGAACUCGUGCCCGUCCUCGUCGGCGUCGGGCACCGUCAACCUCGACGGCCGCACGGCGGUCAAGUUCGACAGCAGCUACUACACCAACGUGCUCAACAAGCAGGGCACGCUGGCCUCCGACGCGGCGCUGACGCAGAACGCCGCCGCGGCGCAGAUGGUGCAGGACCUCACCAACCCCUUCAAGUUCUACGCCGCCUUCUCCAUGUCCAUGAAGAAGAUGGGCCGCGUCGAGGUGCUCACCGGCACCAACGGCCAGAUCAGGAAGCAGUGCAACCAGGUCAACAGCUCCUGAUCGCUCGCCGGCGACCCAGCUUCUUCUCUCUUUUCUCUCCAUGAUUCCUUUUGAUUUCUCUCUUGCCUGCCUUCUUCCCCUUCCUCCUCUCAUUACAACGAUCGGCGACGGCGCGGGUCAAUAUAUUCCGCUCCGCGCCGGUGAUUGAUCAGGUCGAUCCGCCCAAGAUCUGUUGGUUUGUUAAGAUCGCUCGCUCGUGGUCUUGGCACUGCAGCCGCCGCUACAUCUAAGCAAAGCAAAGAACAUUUCGCCGGUUCCUCUGCUCGUUUUCAGCGAAGGUAAUGGCGAUCGAUUGUAACCGAGUGCACGCAAGAAUCAGCAACAUACUGUAUACGAUUUCAAGGUUUAAUUGUC